AUAACCCAUUGGCUGAUAGAGUAACAAAUGAGAAGUAACUGCACUCCAUUGACCUGCUUAACCCUGCAGGGAAUGAUGGGAAGGGGCAGCCGUUUGCUUUGAAACCGUGGAACAGCCUGGGAAAAAUGGAAAGUAACGUCCCUAACCAAAGGCAGCGGACCCUGUCAACAACUGGAGAAGCUCUAUAUGAAAUCCUCGGUCUGCAGAAGGGAGCAACAAACGAAGAAAUCAAGAAAACCUACAGAAAAUUGGCCCUGAAACAUCAUCCAGAUAAGAAUCCAGAUGACCCGGCAGCUGCUGAGAAGUUUAAAGAAAUCAACAACGCACACACAAUACUCACCGACGCCACCAAGAGAAACAUCUACGACAAGUACGGAUCUCUCGGGCUCUACGUGGCUGAGCAAUUUGGAGAAGAAAAUGUCAAUACCUACUUCAUGCUAUCAAGCUGGUGGGCAAAGACCCUGUUCACCAUCAUUGGCCUCUUGACAGGCUGCUAUUUUUGUUGUUGCCUGUGUUGCUGCUGUAACUGUUGCUGUGGACGCUGCCGGCCCAAAUCAUCUGCGUCAGAAGAGGACUGCUAUGUGUCACCGGAGGACCUGGAAGAACAGAUCAAGAGCGACAUGGAAAAAGAUGAGGACUUUCCAGUCGUUCUCCAGCCUCCAAACGCAAACGAGAAGACACAGCUGAUCAGCGAGGGAGCACGAAGUUACCGCACCGACUCUUGAUGU